GAUUCACUAUUAUUUACACAUGCUAGUCAUGAUUUAAGGAAUACCUGUAUUUCAAUUAUUUCAUUCUGUACCUGAAACUUGCUGAAAGCAGUCACACAUAUAAUUGAUUUUUGGAGAUACAAUUCUAUUGAACGAGAUAAACUUCGUAACACUGUCGAAUCAUGUCGAUAGACACAAAAGACAGCUACAACAUAAAUGGCUUAAAAGAACAGAAUGGAGAUGUUGAUGUAAAAGUUGAUGAAGAUACUGAAGAUAGAGGACAAUGGGGCUCCAAAUGGGAGUUCAUUCUGUCUUGUAUUGGACUUUCUGUAGGAUUGGGAAAUGUAUGGCGUUUCCCUUACCUGGCCUAUGAAAACGGAGGAGCUGCCUUCCUGAUUGCUUAUUUGGUCCUACAGUUCCUGAUAGGAAAACCAAUGUACUUCAUGGAGUUAGUUAUGGGUCAGUAUUCUGGUUUAGGACCAACAGGUGUUUGGAGGAUGAACCCAAGUGCUAAAGGUAUUGGUAUAUCUAUGGCUCUAAUAUCCUUAGUAGUCGCAAUCUACUAUAACGUGAUCAUGGCCUAUACACUGAUCUAUUUCUUCUCCUCCAUGCAGAAAACUUUACCAUGGACUGUUUGUGAAGAUGCAUGGUUACCAUUAGGAUGUGUGGAGCAGUCGACACAGAAAUUAGACUAUUGUUCUAUGAACAUCACACAAUUAUUGAGUGAUAACAUGCCCUGUAGAUGUUAUUUGAACGAGACAGAUACUUUAUUGUCCAGCCAGGGAUUUAACUGUUCCAAUGUAACAUACCAAGGAGAUACUCCAGUACCUGUAGCACAGCUGUAUUUUGAUAAAACAGUAAUAAACAAGGCUGAUGAUUUCUACCCAGAUACAGGAAAUCCACAAUGGAAGCUUGCACUCUGUCUGCUAUUAUCAUGGAUUGUUGUUGUUCUCUGUUUAGUAAGGGGAAUUAAGUCAUCAGGAAAAGUAGUAUAUUUCACUGCCACUUUCCCGUACGUUAUAUUGUUGAUUUUGUUGAUAAGAGGAGCCACACUAGAUGGAGCUAUUGAUGGAGUAAAAUAUUUUUUGAUACCAGAAUGGUCCAAACUAGCAGAUCUUAAGGUAUGGGUUGCUGCAGCAGGACAGAUGUUUUUCUCUCUCAGUGUAUCGUUUGGUGGAAUUAUAAUGUUCGGAAGUUACAACAAAUUUAGUAACAAUGUAUAUGGUGAUGCCUUGUUAAUUGCUGUGAUGGAUCUAGUUACCAGUAUAAUAGCAGGUUUUGUCAUCUUUACAACAUUUGGAGGAUUAGCUAAGAAAACAGGACUUCAAGUCUCAGAAGUUGCCAGGGGAGGUUAUGGAUUAGCCUUUGUAGCCUACCCUGAGGCAUUGUCUAACCUACCUCUACCUCAGUUAUGGUCAGUUUUGUUUUUCUUCAUGUUGUUUACACUUGGACUUGACAGUGAGUUUGCUUUAUUGGAGACAGUUUUGACAUGUGUACAGGAUGAGUUCCCAAAACUAAGAAAAUAUAAAAGUCACAUGUGUAUUGGUUUGGGAGUGAUAUGUUUCUUUAUGGCUUUACCAUGUGUUACACCAACAGGAGAUUAUAUAGUAGGAUUGAUGGACAGUUAUGGCGCUGAUUUCUCUGUAUUAUGUGUAGCUACUUGUGAAUGUGUAGCCGUACUAUGGGUUUAUGGAGUGACAAGAUUUAUACAUGAUAUUGAAUUUAUGUUGGGUAAAACACCAAGGCCAACAACAUAUUGGUUGUUUUGUUGGGUGUUAGCUUCACCACUACUUAUUGGGGGUCUGUUUUGUUACCGUCUUAUUGAGUAUGUACCACCUAAAGUAAAAGAUGGAGUAUUUUACCCAGAAUUUGCUCAGAUUAUUGGAUGGAUAGUGACUGCCAUAGUGUUGUGUCCUAUACCUUUGUAUUUUGUUUAUAAAUUCAUCAUAACUCCUGGCAAAGUCACCGAUAGACUUAAAACAUUAACUACACCAACUGCUGAUUGGGGACCCAAUACCAAGACAAAAUUAAUCAAUGCUGACUCACAGUUAACAGACAUUGGAAAAGCAGCCUAUGCUUAUGACAACCCUGCUUCACGAUUAUAAAUAAAACUAUAGCAACAUUAGAUUUAAUGACAAAGAUAUCAUAUAUAAGUAAUUGUUCUUCUUUGAAGUAUAUUUCAAAAUGAAUUUAUCAGACUUAGUUUCAGGGUACUAGAAUAACACAGAAAUGCAGAGCUAUUUUUAACUUUUACUCAGAGGAGAAUUUUGUGAAUGAAACCCAUCACAGAUAUAUUGUAAAUAUGUCUAAUCUACUUCGACUUUUUUCAGUAUUUUAAAUAGAUUCCAACAUAAUUUUAGUGCUGAAUGUACAUAUUUUUAUAUUUUUUACUUUUUAAAUACAAGAUUUAUAGAAUGCUUUACAAGUGAAUUUAAAAUUAUAAGUUCAAAAAAUUACAUUUCUUUUAUUCUAUAUGACAUUAUUUUUUAUCUUAAAACCUUCAUUUUUUAAAAGUGAUGAAUUGAAAUUUUUUAUGAUUUUUAAUUUGUUUUUGGUAUAAGAUGAACAUACCUGAUAAAAUAAGAAAUGAUUAGUCAGAAGUGAUAUGAAGUUAAAUAUCAAAAGACAUACCUUCUGAAAGCAGAUUCCAUUAUAAAGUAAAAUAACAAUUUUGCUAGUAUUUCAAAUGUUGCAUACAAAAGAUAUAUUUCAAAUGUUGCAUACAAAAGAUACAUUUCAAAUGUCGCAUACAAAAGAUACAUUUUAUAUGUCGCAUACAAAAAAUACCUCAUUUGUGUUAUAAGAACCAAUUUAUAUCUUUGUGAUGUUAAUUGUAAUUAAGAUUUUGUCUUCUUUUGAAUGAACUAUGUUUUCAAUGUUAAAUUUACAUAUCAUAUACUUUAGUUGCACAUAUAAGUUAGUCAAGAUUGACCUUAAUUGAGAAAUUUAUGAUAUACAAAAGUCCUAGAUUUAAAUUUUGAAGGCAACAAACAAAAUUUUCUUUUUGAUUUAUUAUAAUAAGUUAAAUUUGGAUUUAUGUAAACAGGUCCCUUGGGUUUAAUUUUUGUUCUUUUGAGUGAAUUAUCCAAAAAGUAUAUUUUUUACAACAAAAAAAAAAGAAUUUACACAACAAGGGUUAUGAGUACUUAAUAAUUAUGUCUGCAUGAGUUUGAUAUAAAGAUGUUCACACUUUCAUGACAUUCCUUUAAUUUAUGACCUUUUUAUAUGUAUAUAAUUUCCUUUCUACAAUUUUAUAGUUGUUAAACACAUCAAACCAGAUUUUUUUUACAAGUUAUAUAUAUAUAUACAUUUGUACAUAUCAUGUAUAUCAUAUCAUAAUGAGGAACGAACUAUGUUUUACUGAUUAAUACAUUGUAGGUCUGUAUCUGUCUAGUAUUAUUAUAUAGAUUGGGCAAGGAUCUGUGUGGUCAUUUUCUUGUAUCCGUGUUUCCAAAUAUUACAUGAACUAUUUAAAGUUGUUUGGAUCAAGACUAAAAUUCAUAUUAACCUAAAUAUUUAAUUCAUAAUUGCUUGGAAUGACUUACAAUUCAGUGGUGUUGCAAAAUCAAAUUUUACUGAAAAGAUAUCUUUCCAUAGUAAUUACAUUGAAAAUGUGACAAGAAAUUUUAACAGAUGUAACAAAUCAGAAUUUGAGUGAUAUAAAAGUGAUUAUAUUUUAUUCUCGAGAUAGAAAUUGUUGUAUUUUUAAACAAAAAUAUUUUUAAGAAAAUUUCAGUAUUUUUAUAAUCAUUGACAUGUGAUUUGUUGAUGAAAUUUUAUUGUUAUUGAUAUUGUUGAAAUCCAUGAAUCGAUUGUUUGUACAGUUCUCAUUCAAAAUAAAUAGAUACAAACAUU